CCGAGUACAGAUUUCUGAGAAGAUGCUCACAGAGAAGAGACAGUGCAAAGUUAAUAAAGUGAACUAGGAAAUAUCUUCCAUUCUAGCAUUCCACAUCGUCAUAACAUCUUCUGAGUGCACAGGGUAGGUGAAUAAGGCUUCUGCUACUUACCCAAGCAUCCCAGAGUUUGUGAAACCAUAAAGGGCGACCAUACCAGAGGGUCUGUUGGCCAUAAUUGCAAUUAGAAUCAGUUCAUAUAAUCUUAAAGUAAUUGUUUGGGUGGACCAAGAAUAUACAAGAAAGUACAAGUACAGAUAGGAAUCGGAUGUCAUCAAUCAGAAAACAAAAGUUUUACACACAAAUAUGUUAACAAGGAUAGAUCUUGCGUCACUGAGAUUUGAGCAGCCUAGCCACUCAGUUUAAUCAUUUUUUUAUUUCAUUUUAUAGUAAUGGAUCCUGACAUUCAAAUCACUCCCUAUCAUUUCCAUUUGCUACAUGUAUCUUGCCUUCAUAACAAAGAGUACAGCUGACACCGAAGAUAGAUUUCAGCCCUGUAAUAGAGACCUGGUUAAUACUUUUGUUACUGUGCACAGCAGAAUGUAAUACAGUUUGUUCUGCUUGGCUCUGCAAGACUGACUGAUUUUUGUCAGUGAAACAAGCAGGUUCUGAGUAUGCAUAGGAAGCAGCCUGUCCAAAGGGGAAGCUUUUUUAUACAAUCACCCUUCAGUCUAGAACAGUAAUUUGAAAAAUAUCUCUAUCCUUUUUCAGUAUCAGACUGGUUAUGAGGGUUUCUCAGUAAUCACAGGGAAGAUGAAAGAGUUUGUACCAUAUAAAAAAAAUCAUAUUUUGAAAAGCAUAGGCAGUCCUUUUUCUUGACUUUGGCUGCCUGCUUUUUAGAUGAGAAGGGAGAGGGGGGACAAGCAAGGAGGAAUGACACAGUUCUUUAAUCUUGUAAUUUUUAUCAUUUUUGCAUGUACAAUAUCAGCAGAAAUUAUAUGCGUGCACUUGCCAUGGUGAACUGCAAUAUUCUACCUCUGUCUGCAAGUGACUUGCUUCUGUGUUGUAGAUGACUUAACUCGCCUUAUUGUGCUUACUUGCAAGCUUUUCAGAAAUACAAGUAGCCCCAAGAUACCUUAACAUUACCGAGAGAAAAUUAUUCUCUCUAGAUCCCAGUAGACCUAAAUUGAUGUAGAAGUAAGUGUAGUUCCACAAGUUCUCUGGCAGUGCAGGCCACAGACUGAUGAAGCGACAGCAGCUGUAGCCCAGGAUGGUUCCACUUGUUCAAAUUUUCUGUGCUCUUAAUGCAAAAAGCUGUAUCUGUAAGUGGCCUGGAUUAUGGCUUGAACAUUUCCCCCACCAGUGUGUCUACGGUAAGCAUCUUCCAAUGGUCAUAUUUUAUUUAGAUUUUUGUCAUUAUAUAAUACAUGAAUGUUUCCAAAUUCAUUAAAAAUCCUACGCUGUACUACCUUUGAGCAUGUAAGCUGUAGACUGUGGAAGUGUCAGCACUCAGGGAAGCUUUAUCAAAUCUUUAAAAGAAAUGGCUUCACGAAUUUGCUGUGUACAAUCUCAGAGCACCUGUUACAGGCAGGAUGGCCUGUAAAGAUCAGUUGCAAAAUGAUUUGCCACUGGGUACAUCCUGGAUAAAGCUGCAUGUAACACGAUAACGGCUGAGUUACGUUACAAACCAACGAGCGUGCCCCAAAACUCAGGGGAAUGAAGUAAAAGCCGUGGGCUUUCUGUAGGAGCAAUUUAGAGAGAUGACAAAGCACCCCUCGGUUUCCGUGGCGAUGUAAAAUUGCCCGAUGAUAGGCAGCACUCCACUUUCAUUAAACUCUUGUGGGUUUUUUUUCAAACCAGCAGCGGUGGCGUUGCGGGGGGGGUUAUCAGUGGGAGGCCUCGCUACCAGCGCGGCGGCGGCGGGUGCCCGCGCCCCCUCAGCCGGCGGCGGGACGCGGUACAAGCCACGGCUGCAGCCGCUGCUGUGCCCCGCAGCUUGAGCCCGGCCCCUGCAGCGCUGCGCCGGGCUCCUGCUCCUGCUGCUGCUGCUGCUUCAUCCCUGUCCCCGCCAUGGCACGCCACCCGCGGCUGCGCUGCCGGGCACCCAGCCGCCACCCGCAGCCCGCCGGGCUGCUGCUCCCUGCCCCGCGUUACCUCUGUGAGAAAUGACGGCAUGACAGUAUCUAGGCUACUACAGCCUAGCUCCUGCUUGUAACUGGCGCCCUUGGCCCCGCGGGUCCCCCUCACCGGUGAGAGGCGCCGUCCACCGCCGCCCCCCGCCUCCCGCCGCUGCACCGGCGGCUCUGCCCUGGCGCGGGCGGCGCGCGGCUGCGGGAUUCCCGCCCACGGUGCAGCCAGCGCGGGCCCGGGUGCAGCCCGCAGCGUCCCCCCCGGGUGCAGCCGGCGCCGCCGCGGGGACUCGCGCUCGCUCUGGCGCGGGCCAGGAGCGAGGCCCCGCGCGCGCGGCUCCCCCGCCGCUCGCCCCAGCCCCGCCGCGCGCGCGCGCCUGCCACCUAGGGACGGGCGGGAGCGGCAGGCGCGCGCGAGCCGCCGCUGGCCGCGCUGCUGAGGUGAAGGCAGCGCCGCCCGCCCCGGCCGGCAGUGAGGCUGCGACCGAGCCCGCCUGCGGAUCGCAGAGCCCGCCGCGGCGCCCGCCGCCCGCCCGCCCCGGUUCAGCGCCCUCCUCCCGCUCCUCGCCGAGAGCCUCGCCUUUCUCCCGCCCGGCCAGAUGAUGAACUUUCUGCGGCGCAGGCUCUCGGACAGCAGCUUCAUCGCCAACCUGCCCAAUGGCUACAUGACCGACCUGCAGCGGCCGGAGCCGCAGCAGCCGCCGCCGCCGCCUCCCUCAGCCUCCUCGGCCCCUACCUCUGCCUCCCCGGCUGCGGAGCGCCGGCAGCCGCCGCAGUCGGCGCCCCCCCAGCAGCAGCAGCCGCCGCCGCAGCAGCAGUCGACGGGCAGCAGCUUCUUCAGCUCCCUCUCCAACGCCGUGAAGCAGACGGCGGCCUCGGCCGGGCUGGUGGAUCCCUCCUCAGCCGUCUCCUCGGCCGCCGGCAGAAAGUUCAAGCUGCUCUUGGUCGUCGACGAGCCGCACACGGACUGGGCCAAGGCUUUUCGUGGAAAAAAGGUCCAUGGAGAAUAUGACAUAAAGGUUGAACAGGCAGAAUUUUCAGAAAUCAACUUGAUAGCCCAUGCUGAUGGCAAUUAUGCAGUAGAUAUCCAAGUAUUUCGAAAUGGCACUAAAGUGGUCAGGUCAUUCAGGCCUGACUUUGUCCUGGUUCGACAACAUUCAUUCAGUAUGGCAGAAAAUGAAGAUUUCCGUAACUUGAUCAUUGGAAUGCAGUAUGCGGGCAUCCCGAGUGUCAACUCGCUGGAAUCAAUCUAUAACUUCUGUGACAAGCCGUGGGUGUUUGCCCAGCUGGUGUCUGUCUACAAAACUCUGGGUCCAGAGAAGUUCCCUUUAAUUGAGCAAACGUUCUAUCCAAAUCACAAGGAAAUGCUAACAAUGCCAACUUUUCCUGUUGUUGUGAAGAUCGGACAUGCUCACUCAGGCAUGGGAAAGAUCAAGGUAGACAACCACUACGAUUUUCAGGACAUAGCCAGCGUGGUAGCACUUACUCAGACCUACGCCACUACUGAACCGUUCAUAGACUCCAAAUAUGACAUCAGGAUCCAAAAGAUAGGCAGUAACUACAAAGCAUACAUGAGAACUUCUAUAUCCGGAAACUGGAAGACAAACACGGGCUCUGCAAUGUUGGAACAAAUUGCUAUGUCAGAUAAGUACAAGCUUUGGGUUGACACCUGCUCCGAAAUAUUUGGUGGUUUGGACAUCUGUGCUGUUAAAGCUGUACAUGGAAAGGAUGGAAAAGAUUAUAUUUUUGAGGUCAUGGACUGUGCAAUGCCUCUGAUUGGUGAGCACCAGGCUGAAGACAGGCAACACAUAACUGAUCUAGUUGUAAGCAAAAUGAACCAAAUGUUGUCCAAAACUCCUAUACCAUCUCCUCAGAGACCCACUGCCACUCAGCAGCCUCAGAGUGGAUCACUAAAGGAGCCAGAGCCAAACAAAAUCCCACCUCAGCGACCACCACCUCAAGGGGGCCCAGUGCAACCCCAAGGAAUGCAAUCACAAAGCCAGGAGCCAUUGCAGCCACAGCGCAUGUACCCCCCUGGGCAGUCAGCAAAGCCCUCAACUUCCCAGCCACAGCGUCCACCUGGACCUACAACCCAGCAGCCACGGCCCCAGGCUCAAGGUCCUUCCAGCACCAGAUUAUCAAAGGAAGCGGAGCCGCAGCCCCAGCCUGCUCCACCGCCUGCUCGCCAGCCCGCUCCACCGCCCGCGCCGCAGCCCGUGCCGCAGCCUGCUCCACAACAGAAGCCUCAGUCUCAUCCACAGCUCAACAAGUCGCAGUCUUUGACAAAUGCCUUCAGUUUCACAGAAUCGUCCUUCUUCCGAUCGUCUGUGAAUGAAGAUGAAGCAAAAGCCGAAACCAUUCGAAACUUGAGGAAAUCCUUUGCUAGUCUUUUUUCUGAUUAGCCAGCUUCAUCUAAACGCACCUAGCAUAUAGUCUAAAAACUACGUGAAUGUUACAUAGGUUUUGUUUUCCCUGUGACAGUACCCUUCUCUACUGUGCUAACUGUUGUAUCAAGCAAUAUGUUAAACUUAAAAGAAAAAAAAAAAAAAAAAAAAGAGAGAGAGAAGAAGGACUUUGAUGAGGUGCCAUUCAGGAAUAUGUAUAAAAAUCUAUAAAGAAGGAAGGGUUCUAUUACUGACACAGAAUGCAGAAUUCUAAGGUCCUUAUCCAUUGUAAUAUUGUGGCCUUACUGUGACUGAACUAUAUACUCCUAUUUGAGACUCCUUUGUAGAAUUGUGUUAAUAAAGCAUUGAGUAAUGGGUUUCUCCUUGCUUUACCCAUUUCCAAUGCAUUGCAAUGCAUGUGUAUUUUGUGUGUAAAUGUUUUGUACUGCAAAAGUAUAGUCUUGACUUGUUCUUGCCUCCCAAACUUAGGAGGCAAUUCACACUGACAUUCUUGUCAAGCCACAGAAAUAAUGUGAGAAAUUGAAGCAGUUUCUUCCUCCUUAUACAAUCUUCUCAUCAGCUGGUUGUAGACUUCUGAUGUAUUUCUGAGAGCUAUCAGUACACUAACUUAAUGUCAUAAAUAGAGUGUAUAUGUACUACUGUAUCUCCAUAUGUCUAUUUAAAUUUAUUUCCAACUUGUAACCAUAAUGGGGUUUAGUUGCAAAGAAUAUGCAUGAUGUUACCCUUAUUUUUGUGAACACCUUCUAAUAAAUGUAAAGUCCCAUGCCUGAUUUAAAAAAGUCUUCUACAAAGCUUGUUUUGACAUCAAUAUAUAUUGUCUAUUUUGACUGAAAUCAAAAGGGUACCUUUAUGAUUAUAAAAUAUUUGGACACAAAACACAAAUGGAAGUAAAUAAACUAUCACAAAUCAUUCCCUUUUUGAAUCAUAAACAAUUUAUAAAUUUUAGGAAUCAC